UCACUGGGGCAGCAGUAUCGUCCAGACAUUGAGAUUUUACAUGUCUGGAGUAAAUUCAUCUGGAUCAUCUGUUUCAAUAUACAUAAUAUAUAUACAUACACCUCUGUACUGUUAAUUUUUUUUUUUAUUUAUCCCCCCUUCCCUUUAUUUAUUAUUUAUUUAUAUAUUUUUUUAGUAUUAUCAUUUUUUAAUUUCUUGUUUGAUCCUUGAGUGAUUCACAGUGAUUCAUAAAGUUCAGUCGUUGAAUAACAUGCGUUAAAGUAACAACAAUUUGACAUUUAAUUUAAUUUUUAUUUAUAUUUUUUUAUUGUGUUUUUAUUUAUUAUAUUAUUCAUGACAAGUGUCUUGAUUAUUAUUCAUAUUAAUUUGUUGUAAAAUGUUACUAAAAAAUGUUGCACGAGGGAGAUGAAGCUCUCUUUGACAAUACACCUGAAGGAAAAGGCGAUGAAAUACAGAAGCUGAGUGUUAUUCAAACAUUAUCAAAUUUAUUAGCUGAUGAUCAACAAUCAUGUAUUGCAAGAUUAAUCCCAAAAAUUCAGCAAACAUUACCAAAUGCAUCAGUAGACUUUCAUCUAUCAGCAUCAUCAACAUUCAAAACAAUAUUAAAUCAAAAACUUGUCAAUCAUUCGACAUUUACAUCAACAUUCCUUCAAAUAAUUUUGAGCUCAUUAGACAGCAAAGAACCAGUUAUUGCUCUUGCAUGGCUGGAGACCUUGCUGGAUGUUAUUGAAUUACUACCACCGGAUGUUCUACGUCGUGAGAUAUUACCACUUUCAAUAAAUAAAGGACACUUAUCACAAUCAGUUAGUUCAAGAAUAAUGAGCUCAAAAUUAAUUGGUAAAAUAUGCACGCGAUUUGACUCACAAUUAAUUAAAAAGGAAGUAUUACCAACAGUACAUUCAUUGUGUCAAGAUAUAAGUAAAGAUGUUAGAGCAGCAAUAUGUUCACAGCUGUGUUUUAUUGCUGAAAAACUUGGUGCUGAAUCAGUUAAAUCAACAUUAUUAUCAUCAAUUGUUGAAUUAGCAAGUGAUGAAGAAACAAAUGUUAGACAUGCUGCUAUACAAACAAUUGUUUAUCUUUUACCUCAUUUACAAAAUGAUGUUUUAAAAACAACAAUAUCACCAUUGAUUAAAAAAUGUUGUGAUAAUGCAUUUAAAUCAGAAGACAGAGUACUAUGUAUAAUAUCAAAAGAAUUUGGUAAAUUAUCAUUGGGUCUUGAUAAAUGUUUGAAUAAUAAAAAUGAUAAAUUAUGGAUAAUUAAUUAUUACAAACAAUUAUCACAGCUAGGAGUUGCACCAAAUAAAGAUAAUAUUAGACCAGAAUUUUUAUUAUCAAAUACAUUACAAUUACAAGAACUUUAUAUUGAAUGUCGUCAAAAUUGUGCAUAUAAUCUUCCAGCAAUGUUUUUAUUUGCUUCAAAAACAGAUGAUAAUAUUAAUUCAAUAAUACCAAUAUUAGAAAAUUUAAUAAAUGAUACAAAUGAAAAUAUUAGACGUAUUGUUGCUUGUGGUAUUUAUGAAAUAAUUAAAAUAACUGGUACAAAAAAUAAUAUCAUCAAAAAUAAUAUCCUAAAAUUAUUAAAAGAUGAUAAUGAAAAUGUAUUGUCUGGUAUUGUACCUUAUAUAUCAAAAAUAUUACAAUUAUAUUUUCCAACACAAACAAUACAAACAGUACAAGUUAUGGAUUUUGGAACAGCAUUAUUAAAAUGUGAAAAUUUAAUAUUUAAUACUAAAAAUUGGCGUUUAUCAACAAAUUUAUUUGAACAACUUGAAAUAUUACCAAAAUGUUUUCCAAGUGAUUAUAUUUAUUCAACAUUUAUUCCAAUGAUAUUUGAUAGAGCACUUAAUGCAAGACCAAUACCAAUUAAAUUAUCAGCUGGUAAAACUCUACUUGUUUUAAUACGUUAUAAUAUUAAACAACAACAAAUUACAGAAUUACAUGGUAAAUUAAUUACUGAAUUUGCCCAAAAUAAUAAUAGUUAUAUUAGAAUACAAUUUCUUCGUAUUGUUGAUAUAGCAACAAGUAUAUUUUCGACUUAUUAUAUAAAACAACAUUUUUUUACAAUUAUUAUGAAUUUAACUGAAGAUCCAAUUGCAAAUGUACGCUUAAAAGCUGUAACAUUAUUACCAAUGUUAAAAUUGUGUAUUCGUUUACCAACUGAUAAAAAAUUAUUACUAUCAUUUGAGGCAUGUGUAAGAAAUAUUAUGAAUAAUGAAACAGAUCGUGAUGUUAAAUUUACAUUAACAAAAAUUAUUCGUAAAAUUGAUGAAAUUGAAACAAUACAUGAAAGUCAAAUACCUUCUGUUAAACCAAAUAAACAAGAAAUUGAAAAUUUUAAAAAAUAUGAAGAAGAAAAAAAUCUACUAGCUGCAAUGAGUGGUAAAGUGAUUACUGUUGGUGUUCCAGCAAUUCCAGCUAUUCCAACUACAUCAAUAUCACCAAAAAAAAUAGCUCCAAAUGGAAGAACAAAUGAAGCAAGUAGUUCUAAAAGUACUAAGCCAAGUAUACAAGGAUUAGAAACAAGUUCCAAGAUUUCAUAUCCAACUGUACCAAAAAGCCGACAAGCAACAAUACCAGUAUUAUCAAGUGAAAAUUCAUCAAAAAUAUCUAAAGUAGGUGGAUCUAACAAAAGUUUUGACUCAGCUCAAGCUAGUACAUCUAGCAACAACUUGACAUCAAGUUGGGCACAACUAACAUCAAACAGCAUGUUACUAACCCAUCUAUGGGAAACAAUUGAUCAACCGGAUACUAAUAACUUCUCAAAAUCUUUAGAUAAUAUUGACUAUCAAAGUAGUAACAAUUACUUAUCUGAAUUAUCAUGUGAUUGUUAUGAUUCAUCAAGUUUUGUUUAUCCACCACGUUCAACAUUAACAACUUCUUCAAAUUCAAAUUAUAAUAAAUGUGAUGAAAAUUGUGCAUGUCGCAAUAUAACAACAAAAUUUAAUCAAUAUUUACAUAAAGAUAAUUAUUUUGAUACAUCAUUAUUAACAAAUCCUCUUAAAUUAACAAAUAAUCAUAAUUAUAAAAGUGAUUAUUUUAAUAAAUUAUUAUUACAUCGUGAUAGUAGUUUAAAUGUUUGUAAAACACCAAAUUUACCAGCUUUACGUGCAUUAACAAAUGCAGCUCAUUAUAAUUCAUGUUGGGCUUUCAGUUCGAUGCCUGAAAUACCAGUUAAUCUAUUUAAUGAUGAAUUUCCAAUAAAUACUGAUAUCAGAAUUCCAACACAAAUAUCAUCACCACGUAGAGCAUCUAAAAUUCCAAAUAUCAAUGAUGUACUAUCACGUAAUACACGAAUUGAAUAUGAUAAAAAUAAAAGAAGUAGUGUUAAUUUGGAUAAAAGUAAAUUUACAACAACUGGAAAAAUUAAUAGAUUAUCAAUGAAUCUUGAUGAACAAAGAUAUCGUACAAGAAGCUAUUCAGAUGAUUUAGGAUUUGCAAAAGAUGAUUUAAAAACAAAAAGAUUUAAUUUUCAACGUGGUAAAUCAACUGAGGGACCUCCAAAAUCAACUUUUUCUAUGACUCAAAAAGUCAGACAAACAACAAUGCCAAUAUUAUCAUCUGAAAGUUCAUCAAAAACAAGUACAAAACAGCCAGGAACAUCAAGAAAAUUUGACAUGUCCAAAGCUAGUUCGAUGCCUGAAAUACCAGUUGACAUGUACGCUAAUGAAUAUCCACAACAACUUAAAAUAAUUGAACAGCCUUCAAUUCAACAAAGAGCAUCUAAAAUUCCAAAUAUUAAUGAUGUUAUAUCACGAAAUAGCAGAGCUGAUACGGAUAAAAAUAAAAGAAUUAGUCUCAAUCUAGAAAGAGGAAAAACACUUGUUGGAAAAAAUAGAUUAUCAAUGAUACCUGGACAACGAACAACUAAAAUACCAAGUAUCAAGGAUAUGCUCUGUUGAAAUGAUUAAAUUCAUUAUGACAAUACAAUAUGUGAAUAGCAAUAUUAAUUUAUUUACGAUUUAUGGAAAAAAAAAAAGGUAAUUAAUCAAAGAAAAUUAAGUUUUGGGUAUAUAUAAAGACUUGAAAAGAAAAUAAAUAAUACAAUAAUUAUCAUCUCAUUUGAUGAUUCAUGUAUUAUAAGCUAUUGAUAUUAUGAAAAAAAAAUAAUAAUUAAAAAAUUAACAUAUUAUCAAAGUGACAGAUAGUCUUCCAGUUAAACGAUUGGAUCGAUUCAAACAUACAUACCACAAGAAUUGAUCACAAUCAGGGCUUUAGUUAAAUUUCCCCAAGCAAUGAAACGGCUUCUAUAGAGAUAAAAGAGGAUUCAUUGGAAUUAUUGGGGCUUCGAGAUUUCAGGUAAAUUAAUACGACAGAUUAUUAUUAUAUUAUUAAGCAGAAGCCGUCAAGUAGGUUCUUAUUAUUGCGCCAAAAGCUACCUUAAUAGCAUUAGCAAAUCUAGCCUCCAGCAACAAAAUGGUUAAUAAUAUAUUUUUUAGAUUUGCAUAAGCUCCGAAUAUAUACUCUUCAAAUAAAUAUAAUACUUAUACGUAUUUAGGAGAAAUAAUUUUAUUUUUAUAAUUUUAUUAACGAGAAGUUUUUUUAACUUAAUUACAAAUUCAGUUUUAACUUUAUUUUAUUUUAUUUUUUUAAAUUUGAACGUUUUAAAUACAGGGUACAUUUACAUAGUGGCAUUUGAAAGAUAAAUUUACAAUUUUUAAAGUUUUAUUUCGAUAAAUGAAUUCACGGUAGAGGAAAUGAUUCAACUGAGAAAAAAGUUGAUUAAAUAAAAAAAAAAAACACAGUUUAUUCAAGAAAACCUAUAAUUUAAUAUUUAACGAAAUUUAAAUAUUAAUAGAAAACUGCGGUAAUAAUAUGCUACUUUGAAGAGAAAAAAAAAUAAAAUGUUGCUGGAGAUGAUUUGAAAAAUUUUAAGAGAAAAAUUAAUAUAGGCAAACAACGAAUACAAAAAACAAUAAAUAAAAAAAAGCAUCAGUAUUGAGUAGUGGUGUUCUAGUCUGUACAAUGUCAGAACAUUUAAUUAAUUAAUAACUAAUUUUUUUUUUCUUUUCUUUAUUUAAUUUAUCAUUAAAAAUAUAUUUAACAUUGUUAUAUUAUUUUAAAAUGAUUAUAUUAUAUAAUCAAAUACGGUUGUUUUUUUUUUUACAAUGUUAUUUUUAAAUAGUUAAAUAAUAAUAAUUAUCAUCACUUUUCGCCUUGUGAAAAAUAAUGCCGUACAAAUAAUUAAUAAUCAAGUCUUCUCGUUCUUGAUAUAUAUUUAAACUUUGAUGUAAAUUUCUUUAGCUUCUUUAAUGUGCACUAAAAAGUAUAUAUAUAUUUAUUUAUUAAUAUUGAUAUUAAAGAAGAAAGAAAAUCUAUAUUUUAUUGAAAGCUAAAUUUUUUAGAAAAUAACAAAUAAAUUUAUUUUAAAAUAAUAAAAUUAUUAGCAAACACCAAAAGUGGAGUUUUAAUAGAAAAAAAAAUAUAUAUAUAUAUUUUUAAUGCAUUAUAUUAAAAGUUAUUCAAUUUAUUUCCGAAUAAUUUUUGUAAAUGAAUCUAUUUAUCAAAUAUUCCACAAUUUUAUGAUAACAAAGAAAAAAAAAAACUCACCAUUUUUAUUAUUGUUAAAUAAAUAAAUUGCGUAGAGAAUUUUUUUAAAUUACAAAAUUAUUUACAAUGGGAAAAGUGCUUAAUACAGGUUGAUUGAAAAUGAAAUAUUUAUAAAAAAAAAAAAACUUACUAUUUAUUUUUAUAUAGAUCUAUCAAGUUUAAAGCUGAGCAAUUUGCCAGAAUAUUGAAAAAUAAUAUAAAUACAAUUAUUUUAUGAUAGAUUGCGUAUAUUAAAUUGUUAAUAUAAAAAAUAAAAUAUCAAAUCGGUUGACAUCUUGAUAAACAAUGAUACAAAAAAAGAUGGAUAAUAAUUAUAAUAAUAUAAAUAUUUAUUGCUUACCUUGAACUAUUUAUUGCAGUUCGCACAAUAUUUCACUAUUGUUCAUCAUAGAAAUUCUACUGUUGAAAAAAUAUAUCUGUGAUAACAAAAAUUAUGUGUCUAUAACCCAUUAUUUAAUUAUUAUUUAUUUUUUGGGUUUAAAAAAAAAUAAUUAUUAUCAUCAUAAUUUCAUUGUUUUAUUAAUUUUUAUUUUCUUCUACUUUUCUAUAUAAAGCAACAAAAAAAAAAAUUCUUAAUGACUAUAUUUUUGGAUUUUUUUUUUCGUUUCGUUUAUAAUAGUUAAUCUACUUAUGUUUUUAUCUUUUUAAUUGUCAUUUUAUGAUAAUUAAAAAAUCGUUAGAAUAUCAAUACAUUGUAUUUGUUUUUUUUUUUUUUUUUUAAUUUGAAAAUCGAUCGUAUUUUUCUUGUGCAUAUCUGUAAAAAUUAAAAAAUUUUAUUUAUAUAUUAUUUUUUUGUUAUUUAGAAUGUUUUUUUUUUUUUAUUUUAUUUUUUUGAUUAAAUAAAUUACAAUUGUUGUGGAUAUAUUAAAUAUCUAUCACCAAAAAUCGGGAUAAAUUUUAUUUGAGGAUUAAAAAUUUUCUUUUGUCUAAUUCUAAUAUAAAUAUAUGAGCAAAUGUCAAGAAGCGAUCGUGCAAAAAAAAGUUAUAAAUGAAUUAUAUGAAAUAUGUUUAUUUAUUUAUUUUUAUUUUUUGAUUAGGCUGACCAUAUAUUUUAUGAGAUUAUGUUCACACAAUCGCUUCUUGUAACAUGAUUCAUUUAUUUUUUUCAUUAUAUUUUUUUAGAAAUAGUAAACUGUGAUAUUUCAUACACAGCAUUUUUUAAAUAUUUCAUUCAUCUUUUUUCUUCGUUUUCUUAUUAUUUACUGGUGUUGUAUAUAUGUACAAUAAUCUGAUGAAAAUUAUUAUUAUUUUUU